AUGUUACCUGGCGCGUUUGCCCUUUAUUUGGAACCAUGGCAUGACGACAUAUUCGACUUUAUCGACGUGAGAAAAAACCAUGGAAAAGAAGAACAACGGGCUCGUGAUAUCUUCGUUGCUGUUUGGGUACCUGAUCUUUUCAUGCGCCGUAUUCAAGAUGACGGUGACUGGUAUGAACGAGAAGGCCGAUAUCGGCGAAAGAUUCGGGCACAGCAGUUGUGGUACGCGAUAGUAGAAGCUCAAAUAGAGACGGGUAAUCCGUUCAUCGUCUAUAAAGAUGCAUGUAAUCGAAAAUCUAAUCAGCAAAAUUUGGGAACGAUUAAAUCCUCAAAUCUCUGUACGGAAAUCAUCGAAUAUUCGUCGCCCGAUGAGACUGCCGUUUGUAAUUUGGCUUCGAUUGCUUUAAAUCGUUUCGUCCAGCUACCGGAGACAACCUUCGACUUCAAUAGACUGCAUGAAAUUACUAAAGUUGUGACCAGAAAUCUUAAUAAAGUAAUCGACGUCAAUUACUAUCCAGUACCUGAGGCCGAAAAAUCCAAUAGAAGACAUCGACCAAUAGGAAUAGGUGUUCAGGGGCUGGCCGAUGCCUUUAUUCUUAUGCGCUAUGAGUUCGAGUCAAAAGAAGCAGCCCUGCUUAACCGACAGAUUUUUGAAACGAUCUAUCACGCUGCUUUGGAAGCCAGCUGUGAAUUGGCCGAAAAGUUUGGACCGUACGAAACGUAUCAAGGGUGUCCUGUCAGCAAGGGAAUCUUGCAGUACGACAUGUGGAAUGUGAUUCCUACCGAUCUUUGGGACUGGUCUGCGCUGAAAGCUAAAAUUGCUAUGUUUGGUGUUCGAAACUCCCUUCUGAUCUCACCUAUGCCAACGGCAUCUACCGCUCAGAUUUUGGGAAAUAACGAAUCGAUCGAAGCCUACACGUCUAACGUGUAUAGUCGUCGUGUCCUUUCAGGCGAGUUUCAGAUCGUCAAUCAACAUCUGAUGAAAGAUUUGGUAGAACUCGGGCUGUGGAACGAAAAUAUGAAAAAUGAGAUUAUUGCGAACGGAGGAUCAAUUCAGAACAUCGAUUCCAUACCAAAACACAUUAAAAAAUUGUACAAAACUGUUUGGGAAAUUUCGCAGAAGACCGUAAUCGAUAUGGCUGUCGAUAGAGGGGCCUUCGUUGACCAGUCGCAGUCGCUGAACAUACACAUCGCGGAACCUAACUACGGCAAAAUAACGUCUAUGCACUUUUAUGGUUGGAAAAAGGGCUUAAAAACGGGUAUGUACUAUCUAAGGACGAGGCCUGCGGCCGACGCCAUUCAGUUCACUGUCGACAAACUGAGUUUGCGCAGUAAGCAAUCCAAGAAGGUCGAUGCUCAAGAAUCGAAUGGCGUAAAGUCGAACGGGAACAGCGUGAUCGGUCAAAAGGGCAGUAAACUGUUGUCGAACGAAAGUGAGAUUUCCUCGGAUUCCGGAGAAUCAAAUGGUUAUGGAAGCGAAGCUUGUUCAAUGUGCAGUGCUUAA